AUGCCGCAGGACGCAGAGCGACGGCCCCGUGCAACAUUCCCCCAGGCAACGCACGUCGAGCGCUUGGAUUCACACACGUACAGGAUCAACCUCCACAGCGACUAUUGCAUCGGCGCAGUUCCCAAUGGCGGCUACACAUCGUCGUGCAUGCUCGCCGCCGCAAACACACACCUCGCUUCACGGGAACAGUCAGACACCGUAACCGCGCACUUUGAGUAUCCGAACCGGACGUCCUCAGGCCCGGCAAUCGUCGUGAUUGACGAGGUGAAGUUAGGGAGAACACUGUCGACUCUGCAUCUAACCCUCUGGCAAGGCGAACUCCUCAAUCACGCGCCAUGGGUGAAUACCUCGGCAUCUCGUCGCACCGUGCUUGCUUACACAACUCACACAAACUGGAGCAAUUUCAAAGGCAUGUCGGUCCUCACAGGAUAUGAAGUGACGCCGGCUGCCUUGAUGCCUCCAAAGCCGGACUUCAACUCCCUCAAGGCAAACGGCUCUGAUGACGCAUGGACACAAAGUAAAUGGCCCGAGGCGUUUGGGCCCGCCGGUUCCAGUGGGAAUUGGAGAUUCUUCAUCCCUCGUCAAGGUCCCUUAACUCCGGGGGUGUUAGACAUGUGGAUAUGCCUGUCUAACGGGGAGAACAUCACGCAGCAAGCUUUGCCAUAUGUUGUAGAUGCCUUCCCUCAUGACCUGCUCGCAUUCAUGAUAGCUCCGGAAAUUCGAGCGCUAAUGGAGGCGCCGCCAGCGGGCGUGGUAGAAGAUGCCGCUACAGCUGAAGCUCGAGCAGAGGUGGCUCGCAAAAAUAAAGAACGUGGAAGCAUGUGGUUCCCGACUGUGUUGCUGAACCUGGAGACGAAGGGGGCGUUGACGCAGGAGGGCGCUGAGUGGUUGGCAGUCAAGGUGACGGGGAAGCAGAUCAGAGAUGGCAAGUUUGAUCUUGAAGUUGUAGUGAGGGAUGUUGAUGGCCAGAUGGUCAUUUUGGCUCAUCAGGUUGCCUUGAUGGUGAGUUGGGAAAGAAAUGUUGGCAAGAAAGGCGGGAAGAACAGGUCAGCGCUGUGA